AUGGAACCCCGACCUAAGCAGAAUUCAAGUGAUUCCAACUCUGUAUCACAGCUUGGCGGUCCUUGCGCCAUAAAUAAGCGCGUAACAAAAGUAAUAGGAGCUACAUUUGCUCUUGACUCUCGUUAUGAAAUUUUAGACACACUAGGAAGUGGCGCAUACGGAGUUGUAGUUUCAGCAAGAGAUACUCAAACAGGUGAGAUGGUGGCAAUAAAAAAAAUCGAAAAAGCUUUCGAGCACACGACUUACGCAAAGAGAACUCUACGAGAAUUGAUUAUUCUUCGUUUGUUGGAACAUGAAAACAUUAUGAGGAUCCGAACCAUUCAACUCCCAGAAUCCCGUGACAAUUUCGACGAAAUUUAUGUAGUAAACGAGCUUUUGCAGACAGACUUAAGCUCCAUUAUAAAAUCUCCUCACUCCCCCCCCCCCCCUCCGUGAGCGAACAAAACCAUUAGAAAAAUCGCCAUUUUUUGACCAAAAACCCACCCUCCGUGAGUGAACAAAAAUUUUUUUUAAUAGAAAAAAUUUUAAUGGAAAAAAAUUUUGAUAUAUAAGUGAUAAUUAGUAUAAUGAAAUCUAGAGCUAAUUCUGUUUAAUUUUAAACAAAUUGCGUUUUAAAACAUAAAUUUUGCAAAUUUAAAUUAAUAUUUGCUUCCCAAUUUUUGCAAAUUAGGAUUUUUUUAAAUUUCGAAAAAAAAUAUUUUUUUAUAAAAUUUAUAUAUAGAUUUUUUUUAAAAAAAAAAAUUAACCCCCCUCCGUGAGCGAACAAAAUUUUUUUUGUUCGCUCACGGAGGGGGGGGGGGGGGAGUCAGCAUCUCUCAGAUGACCAUUGUCAGUUCUUUUUGUACCAGCUAUUAAGAGGCAUGAAGUACAUGCACAGUGCUGGGAUUAUUCACAGAGACCUUAAGCCUCGAAAUUUGUUGGUAAAUUCUAACUGUGACCUUAAAAUCUGUGACUUUGGACUUGCAAGACCUUAUAUAAAAGAACUGAAAAUAAAUUCAACCCAGAUGACUGAUUAUGUAGCAACCAGAUGAUAUAGAGCACCUGAGCUACUUUUGGCUUUUAACUCCCCCCCCCCCUCCCGUGAGCGAACAAAAAAAUUUUGUUCGCUCACGGAGGGGGGUUAAUUUUUUUUUUUAAAAAAAAAUUUAUAUAUAAUUUUAUAAAAAAUAUUUUUUUCGAAAUUUAAAAAAAUCCUAAUUUGCAAAAAUUGGGAAGCAAAUAUUAAUUUAAUUUGCAAAAUUUAUGUUUUAAAACGCAAUUUGUUUAAAAUUAAACAGAAUUAGCUCUAGAUUUCAUUAUACUAAUUAUCACUUAUAUAUCAAAAUUUUUUUCCAUUAAAAUUUUUCUAUUAAAAAAAUUUUUGUUCACUCACGGAGGGUGGGUUUUUGGUCAAAAAAUGGCGAUUUUUCUAAUGGUUUUGUUCGCUCACGGAGGGGGGGGGGAGUAAGAAAUAUACAACUGCUCUUGAUAUGUGAAGCGUUGGAUGCAUUUUCGGAGAGCUUUUGCAUAGAAAGCCAAUUCUGCCUGGAAGUGACGCAAACCACCAAUUAGAAUUGAUUUUCAAUCUGAUAGGGACGCCUACAGAGUCAGAUAUAAUGUGUAUUCCAAACUCGAGAGCAAGAGAGAAGGUUAUGAGAAUGGCUAGAAGGCCAGCAAGGGCUUUUGAAAGUAUAUUUAGAACUGCAAAUCACAACGCUAUUGACUUGCUUAAAAAGAUGCUAAUGUUUAACCCAGUUAAAAGAAUUACUAUUGAAGAAGCAUUGUGCCACCCUUAUCUUGCUCCUCUUCAUUAUCCAGAAGAUGAGCCGACAAGAGAGUCAGUUUCUCUUUUUGACUUUGAAUUUGAAAGGCAACUGCUGACAAUGAAGGACACCAAAGACUUAAUUUACGAAGAAAUACUCCUUUACCAUUUCCAAGACAAGAGAGACGAGUACGAAAAAGCCAAAUCUGAGUACUCAAGGCAGCUGCAUGUUCCUGGGAGACUCAUUAUUUCUAGAAGAGAAGAGAGCGAUGAGGAUGGAGAAAUUUCUUAA